AUGGAGGUUCCCUACUUUUCCCCAUCGAUACCGAAUUCGAUGCUCCUCGCUGCUGCCCACGCCGUGUCCGGCUUCCACGUGGGAUCGCACGUGACGUCUGUCGCUGCCCAAGCCGUGACGUCUGUCGCUGCCCAAGCCGGCGCUCUGCGCUCGCUGCAUCGGUUGUGUCUGGCAGAGACGUCCAGCGGAGUGGACGUCUCGUUGGAGCCGACGUCAGCCGGCGCGGACUGCGGCUGCGCAGAGCCGCAGGGCGUGGUGAUGAAUGACGUCCGCGUGACGGGCCGCAAGCUACGCAGUAUGGUGCUCGCGAACGCCGACGGCAACCGCGAGCCUGUGUGCAGCGCGAUUGGCGACGAGGGCAAGGCGACGCCGCGUCUCGCCGCCGCCGGCGUCGCGGGUCCGCUCUUCAUCUCUGUCGGCCGUCCCGACCAGCUCAAGCAGUUCCUCGAGGUCAACCCGGAGCUCACGGGCGCAAAGGCUCUGAUCGACGACUCGCCCGACUUUGCCGGCUACAGGGCGGCCGGCUUCAACCUCAAGCUAGGGGAAAAGCAGCUCGAGAAGCCGCCGGACUUCAAGCCGCCCAAGGCCAUGGGGAUGGGCAAAUGGAUGACCUACCUCAAGAAUGUGGGCUCGCUCUCGCCCGUGCCCAAGGGCAUGAAGUUUGGCGAGUUCCCCGAGGGCGUCAAGGUGCUGGGCGGCACGUACGCGAUCGACGGCGACGAGGUGCUCUUCGCGCACAGCGACGAGGUGCCGGGCGCCACGCCCAAUAUCGAGGAGGUGCUGGCGGCAGCCGGGGCAGCCUGA